CGCUUCGGAAAAACAUAGAGAAAAAUACUGAGUGUUGCAACAUGCUCUGGGCUGCCUUUAUAAAAGAGGUUUGGACCAGAGAAAGUACUGUGUUGCAACACACUCUGGGCUGACUUAAUAAAAGAGGGGUGGACCAGAGAAAGUACUGUGUUGCAACACACUCUGGGUUGACUUUAUAAAAGAGGUUUGCAUCUUAGUGGGGACAAACAGCUCAUGAAGACAUUGACAUCUGUCACUGAUACAGGACGUCCAUUCAACAUACUAUUCUGAAGUUUCCUUCAAAGGCAAACAGACAUCUAUCACAACAACGAUGGUAGGUAUCUGAAGUUUCCUUCGAAGGCAAACAGACAUCUAUCACAACAACGAUGUCCAUCUUGCUGCUGGUUCUACUGGUCCCCGUGAUGGUGCAGUCCUCCCUGCAUCCAGUGGACUGUGAUGAGGUCUAUAGAUCAGGUUCUGGACAAAAUGGGGUCUACACCAUCUACCCUGCAGGACCUACCUCACCUGUCCAGGUGUUCUGUGACAUGGGGUUGGAAAGUGCAUAUCUAAGAAAGUGGACGCUGAUUCAGAGCCGACAGGAUGGAUCAGUGAACUUCCACAGGAAGUGGGAUCAGUACAAGAGUGGUUUUGGGAGCGCAGCUGGAGAGUACUGGCUGGGGCUGGAGACAAUGCAUCUCCUGACUAUGAAAGGAACCUAUGAGCUGAGGGUGGACAUGGAGGACUUUGAGGGGAAUAAGGUCUAUGCUCAGUACUCUUCCUUCUCCGUUGGACCAGAGGCUGAAGGAUACCUGCUAACACUGGGCUCAUUCAAAGAUGGAGGAGCAGGAGAUUCUCUGGUUUUUCACAAUGGUCAGAAAUUUUCAACCUUAGAUAAAGACCAGGACCUUAGUGCCACCAACUGUGCCCAGGUGUACUACGGAGGAUUUUGGCACAACGACUGCCAUUUUGCUAACCCCAAUGGGAUAUAUGCAUGGGGCGAGUCUACCUUUGGUAUUGGCAUCAACUGGAAAACAUGGAAAGGCUAUACAUACUCCCUAAAAGCCAUCACCAUGAAGAUCAGACCAGCCACGGCAUAGAAGUCAAUCAUUUCUAACACAAUUGUAAAAUCGGAUUUUUCAAUAACAAUUAUUGCCAAACAAACAUUUCCAGCACAUGCACCUAUUCCAUGUAUAAGGGAGGGGGGUCUAAGGAGGGUUUGUGUUUGGGUCUUCAGAAAUUAGAAGGUGCAGCAGGAUACAGAAGGUCUCAGAUCUACUCCGAAGUGCAGUGUUGCCAUAGCAACAGAACCCUGACUGCAGUGGGGAUUAUAUGACUCUGACCCAUUAUUUAACGAUCUCUGUCUCUUACCUUAACCCUCUGUCUGUCUGUCUCUUACCUUAACCCUCUGUCUGUCUCAUACCUUAACCCUCUGUAUGUCUGUCUCACCUUAACCCUCUGUCUGUCUGUCUCUUACCUUAACCCUCUGACUGUCUGUCUGUCUCUUACCCUAACCCUCUGUCUCAUAUCUUAACCCUCUGUCUGUCUGUCUCAUAUCUU